GAGGAUGAGCAGAAUGAGGCAAAGAUUCCUAGCUUGCAGUACACCGACUGCUGGAACUAUACCUUGCCACGCGACGCUGAGGUCUUCCACCUUCAUAUUCCGAAGGUGGCAGGCUGCUCCACCGUGCAUGAUCUGGGCGAGAUAAUUGGCCGCGAAAACCUGUGGUCCAACGAGAUUUGUUAUUCAACAUCCAAGAUGGCCCAUUUCAACAAUACCGUCGUCAUGAUCCGUCGACCCAGAGAUCACGUCUUCUCGAUGUAUCAACACUGCUACAGCGGCGGAGGGCCUGGAUAUUAUGCUGCACUGCGUGCCAUGAAUGCUGCACCGGGACAGGAAAACUUCACUUUGCCGGAUACCUUCGGAAAGUGGAUCGAGAACUGGGUUACCAAGCCCCAUUUUGGCUUCUACGGCGUGUACGAGGAUGAAUUUCACUGCUACUUUCCCUUCAACAUGCAGUGCUCGCGGCUGACAUGCCUUCACCCGAACGAACGGAGAGCUGAGCCAGAUGCUGCCGGCGCUAUCAAGCAUAUGAUGUCAGCCUCCCUGGUGGGCGUGACAGAGGCAUAUCAUGAGUCAAUGUGCCUCUUCUCUGCGAAGCUCUUAGGCACCCUUCCCAGCCAUUGUGACUGUACGAACCCCGAAGCCUGGGCCGCUUUUGAGGCCACUGAUGAGGAUCAUGGGGUGAAGUACGAAGAUACAGUCGAGGCCCAGUCCCAGGCAGUCCUCAAAGGAGUUGACUCUUUGACAGAAGCGGACCGGCUGCUGUACAAUGCCACGGUCGUGCGCUUCAUCAAAGACAUCAAGGACGUGGAGAGCACCUUCGGCGUGAAGGUGCUGUGUGCCGAUCAAGAAGCUUCGCUGAAGGAGCAGAUGGCUGUCUGA